AGAAUGUUAGGAAUCUUAUGAAUUUUUAAACAUUUCAAGUAAUAGAUGCAACUAGGCCAGAUUUCCUUUGUGGGCAUUGAUGCAACUACUGAAUUAUUGAUCUCUUUCUAUGCUUCUUUAAGCAUUGGAUCUUGGUCUAAUCACCUAUGAACUACAUAAAUUAAAGAGCAGACAGGCCUAGAUGGCUUCACAGGCAAAUGGGCCGUUCCAAAUAUGCUGCAGGAAUGGCCUGUGCCCUCCACAAUGGCCUGCCUGCCCACCCAGUGAGCCCUUUGCACGUCCAAUUGAUGUAUCCCAUUCAUCAGACCCAAACUUUUCAAUCCUAGUUAUAGCCAUAUUAGGCAUACUGGCCACUUCCUUUCUGCUAGUCAGCUACUAUGCCAUUGUGACCAAAUGCUACAUCAGAUGGGACACACUGAGGCACCAUCUGCAUGGAAAUCCUAGAUCUUCUGACACCCCAAAUCCUGACAGUACAGAACCAUGGAUUCCUAACAGCAAUGGGCUUGAAGAUUCUGUGAUUCAAUCAAUACCCAUAUUUAGCUACAAAGAACAGGAUGGAAUUCUUGAUUGUGCAAUCUGCUUGAGUGAGUUUCAGGAUGGUGAAACCCUUAGGCUGCUACCCAAAUGCAGCCAUGCAUUCCAUGUGCAUUGCAUUGAUGUAUGGCUGCAAUCAAACUCAAACUGUCCAAUGUGCAGGGCUAAUAUUGUGAGCACCGGACUUGUUGACAAUACCCAAGCUACAAACAAUGAGCUAUCAGUAAGUUCGGAUCUGCAAAAUGAUAGUUUCCAUUCAGAAAGGGCUUGUGUAUCUCCAUUGCAAAAUGGAAACCAAGUUAGCACAAGCAUAGACAUUGAUUUAAAUGAGCAGAAAAGCAUUGAGAUGGGAGAGAUUGUAUUUUCCAAGAGCCCAGUUAUGUCCAAGCUGACCCAUGUUUCCAGCUUAAAUGACAUCAGAAGAGGCGGUGAUUGUUAUUGGGUAUGCAAUAUACAGAGAGCAGAUGGCAUGAGCACAUCAGAACAGACAAAAAUGUUUUGUGCAGAGUCAAUGCCGGCUAUCAGGAGAUCAUUCUCUAUGGAUUCAUCAUUCCAGAGACUAUGGAUUGAUCUCAAUACAACUGAUUGUUCAAAUAGCAUGGAGAAUGCCUCUUUAUUCUUUAGAAAUGAUAGAAGCAGAAAUUAUAUCCUUCCUAUAUGAUAAGAUCCUUGUUUUGUUUUGUUUUUGUUGCAAUGGAAGCUUGCAGAAAUGCCUGGACUGCUGAUAGCCAUGGGCCUCCUCACUGUGUUUUUAACUUGAAGAAAUUUUCUGUGAGGAUCAAUUAUAAUUUCUUCUGUGAUGUAAAUUUGUUUUUCACACAGAGAAUUAUUUUCAGGUUUCUUCUUAGAUUUCUUCUGUAUUGGAAAGGAAGAUCAUGAGAGUUCCAUGUCCAUUCAGAUUGUACAAAUCCAUUUCAUGUUUGAUCUCAAUCUUCAUAUCCAAUGUAACCGGAAAUGCUCAUUCUGUUUUAA